AAAAGGCAGUUUCCAUAGGAGGGAAAUUCCAGUUUGUAGCUUCCAUAUAUGUUUUGGUCGAUGAUUUUUACAGUUUAAACAUUAGUGCACAUAAUAUCCUCUGUUUUUAGAACAAAGCUUUUAGGCUCUGCCAAAAAUGGUUCACUUCAAACCUCUCUCCUCCUUAUAUGGCAACCGCUCAAUGCCCUUCAUCCCCCUCCCUCCUUUAUCUCUCUCUCUCUCUCUCCCCCACCCCUCCUCUCUCUCUCUUCCCCCUUCCCCCACCCCUGGCCCUUGCUCUGUAACGGGGAAAUAAGAGGAAUAUGACAACUUAUGGAACAAUCCCGACAGAGCCAAUCCCUUUACCAAAGCUCCACUACACUUCUCGGGCAAGAGAGCGCAUUGCAUCGGGCCUCGGCACACGACGGCCAUGGAUGGAGAUGAUCCGGCUUCAAUAUCUGAGCUUUCCCACCUCCUUUAUGCAGCUAAUCAACAGAAUUAAGAACAAUGCGGAGUUUUUUUGGAUGAAUUACAUUCUUAUCAUAUUGUUCAUCCUCUUUCUAAGAUUGCUCUGGAACCCCGUCUCGUUGGUUCUCUUCAUCAUCUCAUUUUUUGCUUGGCUCUUCUUAUAUUUCUUACAUGAUGAACCAUGGGUGGUUCGGGGCACCAUAGUCGAUGAUCGGUUGGUAAUGAUGGUUUUGAUGUUAAUCACCAUUGCAUUGCUUUUCAUUACGAAUGCAACUAAGAACAUCAUGAUUUCACUGUUCAUCGGCACGGUGGUUGUAUUUGUGCAUGGAGGAUUGAGAGGAGGUGAGGAUGUGUUCUUUAUGGAUGAUGAAGGCAAAUCAGAAUCUAAAUAUAGCAGAGGCGUUAUCAGAAUGCCUCUUAAGCAUGCCGCCUCCUCUUCUUUCUCUCUUUCAUAGGAAAAGCCCUUUAAACUUUGUGCCUUUUUUUUUUCAUGCUCUAAAGGGGCAAAGAGAUCUUACAUGGCCAAUUAACCAUAGAAAAAUUGAGUUUGAUAUUUUGUGUGGUGAAUUUUGUGGUUAUGUUGAGGUUAAGGAAGUGGCCUGUUGAUAAUUGGCCAUGUUUUUUUCUUUUAACGCUUGGCUAGGGGUGGGGGAUUCGAACUUUUGACUUCAUACCUUUCAUUCGUUUUAUUUUUAUUAAAAUAUCAAUUUAGUCUCUAACAUUUGUAUUAUCUAUCGAAAUAAUUUAAGAGU